UGACACCAGGCUGUUCAAACCGCUGAGAGAAAGAGGGAGAGAGCGAGUCAUACUUUCCAAAAACUCACCAUGUGUAAUUUGACUUCACUUGCACCAGCGACGGACUAAACUGCGUACGUCUCCGGAAUUUUCUUCUAUAAGGCCCAGUAGCCUUGCUUGCCAGGCUAAUAGACACACUGCUGGGGAACAAGACUAGUCCAGCUACAUUGUGAUGAAGUGGCUCCACGAUGGAACAACUAGCUGGGCUUGGCUCUGCCUCUCCUGUUGCCUCCUGAGUGCCUGGUGCCCGGUGGGGGCAGAGGUGGGACCCACGCCUGACCCUGAGUCAGGAGAGCCCAUGCAGGGAGACUGGGAGUGGGGCUCCGGUUCCUUCAAUCUCCAGGAUCUACUCCACAGCUUCCCCGCCGACAGCCCUUUUGUGACAGAGACUCCGGGGAAUCCUGUCAACUGCUCCCAGCGCUUCUGGCUGCCCUCUGCCUCCCCAGUCUGCUGGGACGACAUCGCCGGGCCGGAGGAGUUUGAGCAGUCUCGUCUGCUGGUGCUCCAGAAUAGGGCGGCCCUGCAGGCGGUGUCCCUGGCCAGCGAGGUGGUGGUAGAAGGGGGAACUUCAGCCUCGUUUAAACAGCAGGCCUUGGAGGACUUGCAGGUGGUGAGGGCGGACUACCUGAACGUGACAGAGACGACAGAGACCAUGCAGAAGGUGUUCCUCACACUGGAGGAGAAGAGGAAGGAGGGGACUGAGCACUGGACCUUCUCAAGUAUAAAGGAGCACAUUGCCAAAACGAAGGAGUCCAUCAACGGAAAAGACAACGUGGCAGCCCUCCUAGAGAAACAGUUCUCUAGCCUAGAGAAGUCUUUACACAUCAUGCAACUCCGACUUGACAAACUAAUGGCACAGUGAAUGAUGUGUUCUUCAGGAUAUUUUUUUGUCAGCUUUUGAAUGAACUGUACCUUCAUGUAAUAUCCCACUAACAAUGCAUGCAAACUCAGGUUAAAAAACCCUUUACAAAACAUGAGGUGCACUUUCUUUGUAUAUGAACUAGGUAUUUUAUUAUUCCGUAGUCACAUUCCUAUUAGGUGUAUUUUAAUCCUAUCUGAAACCCAAACUGCAUGCAAAGCCUACAGCAUCAGGGAGAUUUUGAUGGAAAUAAAAUCUAUUUUUAUACUCAGCAUGCA